AUGAGGUGUGUCGAGGCCGUACGGGGGAUUGAGGAGCUGGAGAUCCACGUGGCCGGCAUGGACUCCGAGUGCACGGAGUCCGGAUUGUCGGUUGCGUCGGAGGACCUCAACUCCCUGUCGGUAACGACGGAGGACUGCCUGAGGGUGAGCACGUCGCCCAAAAGGCUCAGGCGUAAGAGGCGUGUCGUCGAGAAGUCGCAAGAUCUUGACUCCGACGACGACGUCGAGGUGGUGCAGGUGGAGAAGCGGGCUGCGACCCCGAAGAUAGGUGGGAAGGGUAAGCGCAGGCCAGCCUCACGCAUGGAGACAGAGGGUUCGGCCUCGGCCGGAUCCUCCAGGUCCGUCUCCGCGUCGAGGACUGCCGUCCACCGGUCAUCCAUGGACGAGUCGUUGCGCGCCGAUGAACUGGCCGCUAAAAUAGAGGACAGUGCCCUUCUGGUACUUGCCGCCAUAAAAAAGUCCGGCAACCUGAAGGGCACUAUUGUGAAGGACGUAAAGGACGCCGUCUCUGCCAUCCGUUCGGCGUCCGAUGUCCUCAGAGAGCGGUCGACUAGCGCGGAGGUAAUGGCCCUCACGAGACAGGUCGCCAUGCUGCGCGUUGAGCUGGACGAGGCCCAGCAGCUGUCCAAUGCGGCGGUCCAGGAGGGCCUGAAGGAGAGGCGCGAGUUGGUCGCCCUCCGGGUGAAGGCCGGUUCCUUCGCCUCAUUAGCCGAACAGCUGGAGCUAAUGAAGGCGGAGAGGGAGGAAUGGCAGCGGCAGGCGCGGGAGAGCGCUAGACAACUUGAGGACCUCAAGAAGUCGAGCGCUCUGGACCGCGCCGCCCUGCAUAAGACCAUGCGCCAGCUGGAAGAGGCGAAGACCGCCGCUGAGCUUCCGCCGGUGGUGGUCUCGGGGACGACGGCAGAAGCGCCGAAAGGCGCCACGCCCCGAACCCUGCCAGAGGACGCCGAAGACCGGAUCAUCCGGCGAGUAGGCGAAUUGAUGAACACCCGCUUCGCCGAGAUGGAGGAGCGGAUCUCGGCGAAGCGAACGCGGCCUCAAAAGGCCGCCAAGAGUACGCCUGCUGCCGGAUCAUCCGGUGUAGCGGCUGAUAGGGUUCGGGAGCCCAGCGGAGUACGUGCCUCUCAACCGUCGACCUCCGGAGCGAAUAAGGAGGGCUGGGCGACGGUUGUGAGGCGCAAAACGCAAAGGCGCUGGCGCAAGCCGAGCAGGUCCCACCAGCGCGCGACCAACGAAGGCGCCAAGCGGCGGCCACAGGGAGGAACCGCAGCGGAAGUCUUCCGCGCGGAAGUCGUCCUGACCAUGAGGCCGGUAGCCGAGGAGAGGGGCGUCACCUACGGGUCGGUGCUCACCGAGGCGAAGGCCAAGAUAUCCUUGGCCCAGCUCGGUAUCACCGACCUGAGGUUCCGCGUGGGAAGAACCGGAGCCCGUAUUUUAGAAAUACCCGGCGCCAACACAGGCGAGGCGGCAGACGCGUUAGCCGCCAGGAUCGAGGAGGUCCUGCCCGAGGACGUCGUCCGGGUCUCCAGGCCAGUUAAGUCGGCCGAACUGAGAAUCGGAGACCUGGACGACUCGACACUGGUGGCUGACGUGGUCGUCGCUGUGAUGCGCGAGGGGGGUUGCCUGGAGUCCGCGGUAAAAACCGGGGAAAUCCGGCGCAACUCCCAGGGUACGGGCUCCGUGUGGGUGCGGUGCCCAGUGGCCGCCGCUAAGAAGUUGGCCGAGGCCGGCCGGCUGAGGAUAGG